AACCCAUUCGAUUCACAAGUGACACUAUGAAGAAUGCAGUUCACCGGGUACCUUUCUAGCUGUAUGAGCUGCCAGCCUCAGGAUGCAUCCCUAAAAUGUAUUCUUAGGACAUAAAAGGAAUUAGGAACAAAGCAUGGGACACACUUGUAUGGCCACUUAAGUGCAUGCCACUUGAAUAGUAUUCACAGAAGACUAACACACCUGCUCAGAUUUGCAUGAAAAGGCGGUGGCAAUGUGUAAAAUGGUGAGCGCUUCUUAAAGAGGAAUUUAUCCUUUAAAACCAGAAUUGUGGAAACUACUGAUGUUGGAASAAACAACGAAACAUGAAUUCCCCAAAACAGGACACGCAUACUCCACCAGCAAGCUGAACAAGGCUUUCAUCAAGCUUUUUCUCUACCACUCAUUAAAUAACUUAUUUGCCAUAAUGACUAAUGGAUAUUUUUUCCUCUCGGUUUUAUGAUCUGUUGUGUAUUCUCCUUUAAUGAAAAUAAGCCAAAUUAGGUAACUCAUGUUUUUUCUCAGAGCACACGAACUGGAUUUUAUGAUGUAUAGCAACUUCUUUGACUAAGCCAUCACUCAAAAGUAAUGAGCAGGAGUAUCACAGAAAGAAAUACAUAAAUGUAACUAAAGGAUGCCUACGUUCACUUUAAACACAGAGAUGAGAGAUCUGCUUUUUUUUUAAUCCUGGAAAAUAAAAAUAGACUCACACAAAAUGAAACUGGGAAAAGACAUUAACAUUACUUAAAAGAAGGCUUAUUUUUAUUGCUGGCUUGAAACUCGGGACAGACACAAAGAAUAUGUGCUGCCCUGCAGAAGUCUCUCAGGCAGUUAAGAAGUCCCCAUGUUUAAUCAAAACGUUUUGCUGCUGACCUGCUGGAAGAAAAAAAAAGGAAAAAAUAAAGCUACAAGGAAUGAAAUAGAGGCCAGCUGCACCUCGGCUGCCAGGUGAAAAUGCACGUCCAAUACGUGGCAGUGUCACCAUGCACCGAUUUCUGACAAGCUGCGACCAUGAUCUGAAAGGCCCUUGAGGCGCAGAGACAGGCAACAAUGUCUUGACAUUGAGUAUUCAAAUCGGAAGAAGGAAAGGAGAAAAAACCACCGCGACAAAAGAAUGUGUUUCUCCCCAUCUCUGGAAGUCAACAUGCAGUCCGAAUCUAACAUGACAGUUCGAGAUGCCAUCGACGACAUCGACACCAACAUGUACCGGCCGCUGUCCUAUCCAUUAAGCUUUCAAGUUUCUCUCACUGGAUUUUUGAUGCUAGAAAUCGUUCUGGGACUUGGCAGCAACCUCACCGUGCUGGUACUUUACUGUAUGAAAUCCAACUUAAUCAAUUCUGUCAGUAACAUAAUUACAAUGAACCUUCAUGUACUUGAUGUAAUAAUCUGUGUGGGAUGUAUUCCUCUAACUAUAGUUAUCCUCCUGCUUUCGCUGGAGAGCAACACGGCUCUGAUCUGCUGCUUCCACGAGGCUUGCGUCUCCUUUGCGAGCGUCUCCACGGCCAUCAACGUCUUCGCCAUCACCCUGGACCGCUACGAUAUCUCCGUCAAACCCGCCAACCGCAUCCUCACCAUGGGCAGGGCCGUGAUCCUCAUGACGUCCAUCUGGAUCAUCUCGCUUUUCUCCUUCCUGAUUCCUUUCCUCGAAGUCAAUUUUUUCAGUCUUCAAAGCGCAAGUACAUGGGAAAACAAGACCCUGCUGUGCGUCAGUACCAACGAAUACCACACGGAGCUGGGAAUGUACUACCACCUGCUCGUUCAGAUUCCUAUCUUUUUCUUCACUGUCGUGGUGAUGCUCAUCACCUACACCAAAAUACUCCAGGCUCUUAACAUUAGAAUCGGCACACGAUUUACACCGGGCCAAAAGAAAAAAGCUAGGAAGAAAAAAACUAUUUCUUUAACCACUCAGCACGAGGCCACCGACGUGUCGCAUGGCGGCGCGGGGCGGAACGUGGUCUUUGGCGUGAGGACUUCGGUCUCCGUAAUAAUCGCCCUCCGCCGAGCCGUGAAACGGCACCGGGAGCGCCGGGAGCGCCAAAAGCGAGUCUUCCGAAUGUCCCUCCUGAUUAUCUCAACCUUUCUGCUCUGCUGGACACCCAUCUCUGUUUUAAACACAACCAUUUUAUGUUUGGGCCCAAGUGACCUUUUGGUAAAGCUGCGCUUAUGUUUUCUAGUCAUGGCAUACGGGACGACUAUAUUCCACCCGCUGCUUUAUGCGUUCACAAGGCAAAAAUUUCAGAAGGUUCUGAAAAGCAAAAUGAAAAAGCGAGUUGUUUCAAUAGUGGAAGCAGAUCCCUUGCCGAAUAACGCUGUCAUACACAACUCAUGGAUAGAGCCUAAGAGGAACAAAAAGAUCUCUUUUGAAGACAACGAAGUAAGGCAGAAAUGUUUAGUACCUCAGGUUGUCACUGACUAGACUCCAGUAUCCACCAAAACACACCGAGAGGAAUAUUUGAAUAAACUGUAGAAAAAUACUGCCAAAUAAGGGAAAAAAAAAACUUUUUUAAAAAAGCACUAUUGGCUAGACUGUAAAUUUUCAACAUAUAUGUUAAAUAGAGUAGGUCUUGCAUAUUCAAUCUCUUCAUUAUGUAAGAUAAAUGUUGCAUGGCCGUUUGUUAGCGUAACACCAUGUGUAUAUUUGUCAAAAAUAUUCAA